UGUAAAGCCUCGAUGCUGUCACGCAGGUUAACAUUGUUUUUGCUGUGAACGCCUCACAUUUGUUAUUCUUUCUUAGAAAUGAAGUUGAGAAGCACAAGUGAAAUGAAACCCACAGAUGAAAAAAAAUCACCUCCCAAAAUAUUAAGCCGGCGAGUAAAUGCGGAAAACUUUCCAGCUAGAAGGAUCCCCAAUAAUGCCUUAAAACGCACUCUGGAAAUUGCAACUAGUUCCGUGGAUGGUUUUUGGCUAAAUAAAAACACAUCGUGUGCUCCUCCAGUUAGUUACGAGUUAUACAGUGGAGUAAAACGCUCAAUUACUUCUCAAAAACUACGACUAGCUCGGAGUUGCCUAAUGCAACGGGAUUAUAAGAAUUUGGCCAAGAUAUUGGCAUCCAAUCACUCCGGAGAUUCUAUGCUGAAAAAGGUCUCGUUUACAGUAUUCAUGGAAUAUGCCGGUAUAGUUCAGAAAUGCCCAAAACCGAAAACGAAGCCCGAUAUUGAACCGAUUCCUCCAGAAAGUGCCAUGUCAGAGGCGGAAAUAUGACUUUUUAAUCCUAAAAUAAGUCGCUAACUAACUAAUAAGUUACGUACCAUAAAAAAUUCAAAACAUUUUCAAUUAUUUUUGGUAAAAACACAACCUUAUAUAUGUGUAUAUGUAAUAAGCGUUAUGUUCUUCCUUUUAUUUGACUUAAGUAUAAUAUCAAUAUGUUUUAAGGUUUUGCUAAAUAAAUACUGAAACGUGUAUACAAAAUGUGUGAAAAGAAA